CCGUUGCCCAUCGCCGAAAUCAAACACCUUUGCCGAAACUCUCCUUCUCUCACUAAAAAAAGUUAACAAAUUUUUUUUUCAAAUAGGAGGUUGGGGUGCUUUAUUUUGAAAUAUUGGAAAUAAAAAAUAAUUCCCUGCACAAUAAUUCAAGUCCUUUUCUGUCAUUUCAUGAUUCCAUUUUUUUUUUGUUCUUUUGGCUUGUGUUGUUUGUCUUUUCUUUUUUUUUUUCUUUUUGUUGCACUGUUUCAGACUCUGCAGAGCCUCUGCGGAGGAGGAGAAGAGAGAGAACAAAAGCAAACAAAAUAGAGCCAAGCAACAAAGCGGGGGUAAACUCACUCAGUGCACUAGAAAACGCGUAAAUGCUAGAGUGCUCUGCCUGUUUCCUUCACUUUCAUGGAAAAUCUUUCGCAUUCUCGGCAACUAAACAUGCUUUCCAAAAAGAGCUGCAAUGGCGACACCACCAAGUCCAUUUACGAAGAUGUGUUCGGCGGGCCUCCCAGGUUUGGAACCCCGACACUGUCGCCCCGGGUUGAGGAUUACAGCGAGAUAUUCGGCGGUUUCCGCGCUUCACGCGCCUCCUCGAUUCCCGUUCUCGAUCUCCCAUUGGUCGAUGAGGCGGCCGAUGUUUUCUUCGAUGUACGCAGCUCCGGUUUUGACUACGGUGAGGUUUUUGGAGGAUUCAAUGGCUGUGAUUUUGCAGUGUCGUACAAUGAGUUGUUGAUGAUGGAGCAAUCCAACGGUCUUGGUGAUGAUUCCUCCUCUGACGAGGCUUGGGCUCCAGCAGAAGCUGAAAUUCUAUCAGAUGAGUCUAAUCAUUCUGCAAAGGACCAAUGCUUAUUGAAUGGAGACUCAUGUGACUCAAUUGAUGGCGACAUGGAGUUCAACUUAUCUUAUAAUAAAGUUAGUAAAAGAAGCAAUGGAGAUUUGUCAAAUGGGAUUACACAUAUAACUCAGCCGCAUUCUGUUUCUGGAUAUACUUUUGUGGUUCAUAAAACCUCUUCCUGGCCAAAGACAGACUACGAGUACCAACAUAUGCAGGCAAGCAUUGAUGAUCAUCUCAAUAUUCACUAUAGUGGGGAAAUGUUGAGUGGAAGGCAUCUCAGAAAAGUCAUGUCUCAACCGGCUAAUGGUACUAAUACUGAUGUACUGUUUUUUGGAGAUGAUGUUAGACCUCACAAGGAAUUUGUCAGGAAUGGCUCUCUUCCUAAUGAGAUGUUUGUAACCAUUUCUGAUGUUAGCCUUAGAACUCAGCCCUCUCAUUUGCCGCCACCUUCUAGACCGCCACCUGCACUAGAUAUCUUCAAUGGAGAUUCUGGUAAAACAACAACUAACUGUAAAAGUGUUGCCUCUGAAGAGACCACUGGUGAUAGUUCACCUCCUUACUUUGAUGUGGAGGUAGAUGCAAGUUCAUCUGCUGCAGCCUCUGCUGCUGCUAUGAAAGAAGCAAUGGAGAAAGCUCAAGCAAAGCUUAAAAGUGCAAAAGAAUCAAUGGAGAGGAAGAAGGAUGGUUUUCAAAACCGUGUGAAAUCAUGUUCAAAGUCUGACAGAAAAGACAAGGGUGAAAAGUUGACUAAGAUUGGUAAUGGCUCUGGUAGCAGAAAGGAGGAGAGAGGGCAGGGCAUUAGUCAAAUAGAAGAAAAUGGAAUGGAAUUUUCUAUCUUGAAGGAGAUGCAAAAAGUUAAAAGGACAACACAGCCAAUUUCAGAUUCAUUAGAAGGUAAAAAACAUAAUGUGGCCAAUAAAUCUGCGGAGGAUAAUCAUGGAAGGGAAUCCUCAUCAUCUCGAGGUUCUGAUGGUGAUGGUGAAUGGACAGAAGCUACUCAGUUUUUUGAAUUGGUAACCAAUAACUCUAGAAAGGCCUUUGACCAGGAAAACAAUGAAAAUAUUUUGGUGCAUAAUUCAAAUUUUCAUGAGUAUGGGAAGAAGGAAAAAAGGGUGACUAUGGAAGCAUUGCAGCGGCCCCAAAGAAAUGACAAGAAAGUAAAAGCAGUUAGAACAGAUUAUGGACUGGUGGAAUAUGAGAAGAAAUCUGAAGAGUCAAUGGAAGCUUUUGAACAGGACAAAAGCAGUGGGAGAUCAGAAGUGGUACAGAAAGGACUUGAUAAGAAAGUACAAGUGGCUCAAGAGGCAUUUAGAUGGGAAGGGAAUGAGAAGAAAUAUAACAUGGGCUGGAAACCUGUAGAAACUGAAAAGCAACAAACUAUAGCUGAUGACCUACAGAAACAUGAGAACUCUGUAGAGGUUCAACAGAGAGAAAGUAAAAUUGCAUCUAGGCUGUCUAUGAAGCACAAGGAGAAAGGAUCACAGCUAAAAGAGGAUAAUAAAAGUGCGGAGGAUGUUAAAAAAUUCACUGGUGAAAAGGAUGAAUGUGAAAGGAGAGAAAUAAAGGCUUUUGAGCUUGAAGAAAAUGAGAAAAAACUUAAUGUGCCUCUUGAACUAGCAGAUAAUGAUAGAAGGCUGAAGAAGGCACUUGAGCAGGAAGAAAAAGAGAAGAUGAUAAAGGCGGUUCAUGAGUGGGAAGAAAAUGAGAAGAUACAGAGAGAGGCUUAUGAAAGAGAGGAACAUGAGAAGAUACUAAGGGAGACACUUAGGCGGGAAGAAAAAAAGUGGAGACUGAAAGAGGCUCUUGAGCAGGAAGAGAAGAGGAGAUUGAAGGAGACUUAUGAGAAGGAAGAGAGAUUUAGAAGACAAAGAGAGGCUGUUGAAUGGGAAGAGAAUAACAAGAUACAAAGACAGAUUCGUGAAAGAGAAGAAAAUGAGAAGAGACAAAGAGAGGCUCUUGAAAGUGAAGAAAAUGAGAAGAGAUUGAAAGAGGCUCAGGAGAAUGAAGAGAAUGAAAGGAAACUGAAAGAAACUUUUGAGAAGGAAGAGAGGCAGAGAAGGCUAAGAGAGGCUGUUGAACAGGAAGAGAAUGUGAAGAGGGAAAGAGAGGCUUAUGAAAGAGAAGAAAAUGAGAAGAGACUAAAAGAGACUCUUGAGAAGGAAGAGAAUGAGAGGGGACUAAAAGCAGCUGUUGAAUGUGAAGAGAAUGAGAGGAGACAAAGAAAGGCAUAUGAAAGAGAAGAAAAUGAGAAGAGAGAGGCUCAAGAAAAAGUGGAAAGUGAAAAGAGAUGCAAAGAGACUUCUGACAAAGAAAAAAUUGAACAAGAGGCUGGUGAAAGAGAAGUUGGAAAGAGACUAGAAGGGGUAUGCGAGCAACAAGAAUGCAUGACUUCAAGAUGGGCCCAGGAAGCCGAAGGAAGUGAAACAGCACUAUAUGAGGGCUGUGGGGCAGAAGAGAUUGGAACCUCUUCUCAAGUGUCAUGUAAGUGGGAUGAGACAGAGGCAAAACGCAUAGAUGUUGGAGAGAGUGGAAAGCGAAAGGCACUAAGCAAAAAUGAGAGGAAAAACAAAAAACUGGAAGUAACUAAGGAGAUUGCUAAUGAAGAAACUUGCAAGAUAAUGAAUGAACUGAGAAAUGGUGAAAAGAAAGUAGCAUCUGGCAUAGCUCAAGGCAAUUUAGAACAUGAAAAGAGCCAAUUCCUAAUGGAAGAUGCAACAGACAUUGACUGGAAGACCAUUGGGAAUGUUAGGAGUACCUUUGGAGUGGAAACAGAUAUUGGAAAUCAAGGGAAGAAAUUGCCUUGUGAAAAGAGCGAGAAAGGAAAAAAUAUUGAGCAAACCCAAGCUUCCCUAAAUCCAGAAAUCAACAAGGUCAAUAUCAAGUCAGCUAGAGCAGUGAAAGAAUCAAUUGAUACUGGAAGGAAAAUGGAAGGAGCUCAGCCAGCUAUAUUUGAAGUAAAAGUAAGCACCCCCAGAACAGCUCAGCAGGUUAAUGCAACUCGGAGCACUGAAAUAAAAGUGAAGAAUUCUUAUGAGACUAUUUCAUCAGAAGACAAAGAAGCUGAAAGAACGAAGAGAGAAAGAGAGAUGGAAAAGGAACACCUUAGAAAGAUGGAAGAAGAGAGGGAGAGGGAAAGGGAAAGAGAGAAGGAUAGAAUGGCUGUUGACAGAGCAGCACUUGAUACUCGUGAAAGGGCAUAUGCUGAAGCUCGCGAGAGGGCAGAAUGGGCUGCUGUGGAAAGAGCAACUGCUGAAGCUCGACAAAGAGCACUAAAUGAGGCCUGCGAAAGAUUAGAGAAGGUAUGUGCAGAGGUUAGGGAAAAGUCCUUACCUGAUAUGGCAUCUAUGGAGGCCAGGCUCAGGGCAGAACGUGCUGCAGUAGAGAGGGCAACUGCAGAGGCCCGAGAGCGUGCUUUUGAAAAAGCAAUGGCUGAAAGGGCUUCUUCUGAGGCAGGAGAGCAACUAGAGAGAUCUGUGUUAGAUAAAUUAUCUGCUUCUUCCAGGACUAGUGGAAUGAGAGCAAGCUCUUCAUCCUCUGAUCUACAAGAUCUUCAAUCCCAAGGCUCAUGCUCAUUUAGUGGUUCAAGAUAUCAACAUUCCUCAAUUUGUAACGAAAGAUUUGAAGAAGUUGAAGGUGAGUCAGCUCAGAGGUAUAAAGCUAGACUAGAGAGACAUCGAAGAACAGCUGAACGGGCGGCAAAAGCCCUGGCAGAGAAAAACAUGCGAGAUCUUUCUGUUCAAAAAGAACAAGCAGAGAGAAAUAGAUUAGCAGAAACUCUGGAUGCUGACGUCAAGAGGUGGUCGAGCGGGAAAGAAGGAAACUUGCGUGCAUUGCUUUCAACCUUGCAAUAUAUACUUGGGCCUGGUAGUGGUUGGCAGCCAAUUCCGCUGACAGAAGUUAUAACUGCAGCUGCAGUAAAGAAAGCUUACAGGAAAGCCACUCUUUGUGUUCAUCCCGACAAAUUACAGCAACGAGGUGCCAGUAUCCAGCAGAAGUACAUCUGUGAGAAGGUGUUCGAUCUUCUAAAGGAAGCUUGGAAUAAAUUCAACUCGGAAGAGCGAUAGAGUGUCAGUGCGGAUUGAUAUUUACAGUUACAUCACCAUUCUGUAUUCUGUAAAUCCGAGGUAAAUAUCUUUAUAUGUAUGUAAUUCCUCUUUUGUAGUUUCUGAAUGUAAUCGUAUGAAAAAAAAUAGGAAUUAAAUGAAUUAAUUUCAAGGAAAUUGGCCAGUUUGGCUUCCAACUA